AUCGUGUUGCAAAUCAUCAAGAAAUUGCAAAUCAAAACAUUCAUAACAAUCUUCAAAAGCUUUCAAAUCUUCAUUCAAGAAAUCACUUCAGAGAACAAAAUGUCGCUGAUUCCAAGUUUCUUCGGUGGCAGAAGGAGCAACGUCUUCGAUCCAUUCUCCCUCGACGUUUUCGAUCCGUUCAAGGAUUUUCCAUUAUCCAAUUCACUUUCCGCUUCUUUUCCUGAAUUAUCUCGUGAAAAUUCUGCAUUCGUGAGCACUCGUGUUGAUUGGAAAGAGACACCAGAAGCACAUGUGUUCAAGGCUGAUCUUCCAGGACUGAAGAAGGAAGAAGUGAAAGUAGAGAUUGAAGAUGAUAGAGUUCUUCAGAUAAGCGGAGAAAGAAGCGUCGAGAAAGAAGAUAAGAACGAUCAAUGGCAUCGCGUGGAGCGUAGCAGUGGAAAGUUCUUGAGGAGAUUUAGAUUGCCAGAGAAUGCUAAAAUGGAUCAAGUCAAAGCAAACAUGGAGAACGGUGUUCUAACUGUGACUGUUCCGAAAGAAGAAGUUAAGAAGUCUGAAGUCAAGAAGACUAUUGAUAUCACUGGUUAGAUACUACUAAAUCGAGUUCUGUGUUAGAAUGAUGUUCUUUUCUUUAUUCUAAUGGCUAUGUGUUUUAUUGUGUACUGUGUAUGUGUAAAAGAAAAAGAAUGAAAUCAUGUAAUGUGUUUUUGUAAUUUCCAGAAUCUUAUGUGAAUAAAUUUCAGUUUGCAAUAAGUAUG